UUAUGGUCACGUGACUCGCGCACAGCUGAGGGAUGUUGCGCGAGGCUUGGCCGUUGCUAACAAGCUAGCUAGGCUUGUUCUCAACAUCCCGACAUAGAUCAUCCGAUAUUUAACUCAGACACGCAAACAAAAACCCAACGAGUUAUACCAUAAGCCAUGGGGAGGAUACCGAACACGAGUUCCAGCGACAGAAAUGCAUUUUUGCAAGACGUCCAUGUAAUUUCCAGUAGCUAGGCUAGCGCUAGCCGUGCUGUUUAUAAGACGGUAACGGUACUCAGAGGGCCGAGGCCAGGCAACGCAGGCCGACGGGAGCCAUGUCUUCCCCUGGCUGCUGCCACCUACCUGGCUCCCUGUGUGACUACUCUGGAGGCAGCGAGGCGGACUCCUCCAAGGACUCAAUGGAGCAGUCUGACUCCACCUCACAGGCCCAGUACGUCGCCAAGGUUACGGCUAAAGAUGGCCGACCACUCUCGACCAUCGUCAAAGCCGUCAGCCUGCAGAGUGACCUAGGAAUGUGUCGCAUUUGCCACGAAGGGGCAGGCGGGGAGACACUGCUCUCACCCUGCGACUGCACGGGAACCCUGGGUAAAGUGCACAAGAGCUGCCUGGAGAAGUGGCUGUCCUCCUCCAACACCAGCUACUGCGAGCUCUGCCACACCGAGUUCACCACCGAGCGGAGGCCGCAGCCUCUCACACAGUGGCUGAAGGACCCGGGCCCUCGCAGCGAGAAGCGCACACUGCUGUGUGACAUGGCCUGUUUCCUGCUCAUCACGCCGCUGGCCGCCAUCUCUGGCUGGCUCUGUCUCCGGGGGGCCCAGGACCAUCUGCAGCUGAAGAGCAGGCUGGAGGCCGUGGGGCUCAUCGCCUUAACUAUUGCCCUCUUCACCAUCUACAUCCUCUGGACGUUGGUGUCGUUCCGCUAUCACUGUCAGCUGUACUCUGAGUGGAGGCGGACCAAUCAGAAGGUGCGUCUGCUCAUGCCCGACACCAAAGGUGCGCAUGCCACCCAGCAUUCAUUGCCCACCAAGUCCACCAAGAAAACCACGGACGAGACCAUCGUAUGAGCCGAGCAGAGGCACGACAGGACCACUGGGGAGGGGGGGGGGGGGGGUGAAAUGGCACCCUCUAAAACAUUUUGAAAGCGUCACACCAUGAAUAAAGAUUUGCACUUAUCUCGGGCGGACGCCAACGGAUGGGAGUUAUUCUCUCCUGACUAUCGUUUUUGUUGUGAAGCACUUGAUGUUACUCAACAUCGACGGACACGGGAGACCCUCUCCCUCCGGAGGGGAGAGCUGUCACACACGUCAGGCAUCGCUCGGAGGCCGCUGGAGUGGGGGACACUGAAGACGAGCGCACACUGGAGGACCCGGGCCAACCGUGUGGCUUUGACCAGAGCUGAACAACUAUUAUAGGACACACAAGCUUAUGUAGCGGGAUAUAAUUGAUUCAGCAUGCUACUACAGUAUACCUAAAGCAUACUCACUACCUACAUAUCCCCCGACUCCCUCACUAUGUUAUUAAGUAGAACUUCAACAACCAGCAGCCAAUAGCCUGCCUGAAGACUAAUGGUUGAACAAACACACAAUAAUUGACGAAGUCAAUUCAUGCUAUCUGUGAAUAUUCUUCCUAAAGAAAUAUGGUCCUCUGAUUACAAUCAUUGUCUAUAACCUCAGCCCUGUUUUAAUGGUCUGGGCAGAGUGGCACUGUAGAGGCUAACCUCCUAUCUCCCACCCAGACCAUUAAAGUAACUCAUUGAAGCUCAGAAAACAAAGGUUGCUUAUAGUAUAAUCAAUAUAUCUGUUAAAACUGUAUUGUGGUAUUUAAUUGAAGUUUCAGAACAUUCAGAUUGGCUGGAGAUUCUGUUUUGUCUUAUGAAGGACACUAGGUACCGUCUGGACCCACUUGUAUAUGCACCAUUAUUGGGACUGCGUGGCAAACAAACAGCUGUACAAGAUGACGUCAUACAGUUUAAAACAUCAGAGAACCUAGUGUGUGAAUGUAGCGACGUGGAACCCUUAACCCUCUACAGUACCACUGUUCUCACUGCACCCAGGCGCGGGGACCGCGGCCCUGCUGGGAAGAAGAGAGGAGAAAUGUAUCAUGUUUUUUGAGAUGUCAGUUACAGUGCAGCGUAUGCUAAUUCAAAUGCUAUUUAAGUUUAGUCUUCCUGCUGCACUCCCUUGAGGGAACAUGUGUUGGGUGAUCGUGCAAUAAAAUGUAAAGGAUUUCCGGA